AAUAUAUCUGUGGUUAGGAUGCCCACAUGGCUGCAACGAUGGCUUACGUACUUCGCAAGGCGACUUCCUAAGAGUAAAAGCUCGGACUAUUUUGGCAAUAAUACACCGCAUCGAUCAGGAUGGCUUUGCUCAGUUGCUAGUUAGCCAUAUCGAAGAAUGUAAUAUCCAAGUGCUAAUCGACACGCUACACUCUGUAACGGGCUUUUGCAGAUCCGAUAUCACAGGUUA